CCAAUGACAGAACGCGCCUGCAGAAGUUGACCAAUCAGAACAGAGCAUUUGUGGAGUUUUUCCGCUUUCCCCUGAAGUUCUUGACAGAUUCGCCUUCAGAUUGAGAAAAUUCAAGAUGGCCGUUACAGGUUCUAGGUAAAGGGCUCACUCCUCUGGACUCCACUGUGCAUGAAGCUCUCCUGAGAGUUUGGUGUCAAAGUGCUGUGUCUGUCUCCCCCCUGCCCUCCCUCAACUCCCUCCUGCCUCCCACCAUGUCCUCCACCUCCUCCUCCUACUCCUCCUCAGGGGAGACCAGUCCAGAGGAUCCACCCCGAGGUGGGGGAACCAUUCGAGUCUACCUCCCCAACAAACAGAGGACAGUGGUGAAUGUCCGCCAAGGACAGACUGUGCAUGAUAUUCUCGAUAAAGCUCUCAAAGUGAGAGGCCUGAGCCAAGAGUGCUGUGCUGUAUUUCGCCUUCUAGGAGGUCGAAAGAGACUGACAGAAUGGGACACAGAUAUAACUCCUCUAAUUGGAGAGGAGCUUUUAGUCGAGGUCCUGGAUGAUAUCCCCCUCACCAUGCACAACUUUGUACGUAAAACCUUCUUCAAGCUGGCUUACUGUGAUUUUUGCCACAAGUUCCUUUUUAACGGCUUCAGAUGUCAGACAUGUGGCUACAAGUUUCACCAGCACUGCAGUAGCAAGGUCCCUACGGUGUGUGUGGACAUGGAUACAAUAAGAGAGCGCUGUGAUCCCAGUCCCUGCCCAGAUGGAUACCCACAGAUAAUAUUGCCAGAAAAUUCCCCCACCCAGAGCAACCCAGCCUUAACCCCAGAGCCUUCUGGAAUGGGCCACCUUUCCCCGUCCCCAUCCUCAACCUUUCACUUCCCCAUGUCGGGCGGAGAUGGUCAGUCUCUACAGAGGCAUCGCUCCACCUCCACUCCCAAUGUUCAUAUGGUCAGCACAGUGGACCCUACUGCUGCCAGCAUCAUAGAGGAAGUAGUAAAGUUCAACAACACAAUAGGUCCUGAACCCUCACCUAAGCCCUCCACCAGCCCACCCUCUUCUUUUGGCUCUCCAGGGAAGAGACCACCAAAGUCCCCUUCGGAACACAGGGAGCGCAAGCCUUCCUCAUCUGACGACAAAAAGAAAGUGCACCGAGGAGGCAACAGAGAUUCAAGUUACUACUGGGAGGUCCACUCUCGAGAAGUCAACAUCCAAAAGAGAAUAGGUUCUGGCUCCUUUGGAACUGUCUACAAGGGAAAGUGGCAUGGAGACGUGGCAAUCAAGAUCCUCAAAGUCAAAGAGCCAACGCCUGAGCAGUUACAGGCCUUUAAAAAUGAAAUGCAGGUCUUACGGAAGACCCGCCACGUCAACAUCCUGCUGUUCAUGGGCUUCAUGACUAAGCCUAACUUUGCCAUCAUCACACAGUGGUGUGAAGGCAGCAGCCUGUAUCGCCAUCUGCAUGUCUUAGAGACCAAGUUUGACACUAUGCGUCGCAUUGAUGUGGCCAGACAGACUGCACAGGGCAUGGAUUAUCUUCAUGCAAAGAACAUAAUUCAUCGAGAUCUGAAAUCAAACAACAUUUUUCUCCAUGAGGGCUGGACUGUUAAAAUUGGUGACUUUGGCUUGGCCACAGUGAAGUCUCGAUGGACUGGCUCUCAACAGGUAGAACAACCCAGCGGAUCCAUUCUCUGGAUGGCUCCUGAGGUGAUCCGAAUGCAGGACAGCAACCCAUACACGUUCCAGUCAGACGUAUAUGGCUACGGAGUAGUUCUGUUUGAGCUGAUGUCAGGAACCCUGCCUUACUCCAAUAUCAACAACAGAGACCAGAUAAUCUUCAUGGUUGGACGUGGUUACUUGUCUCCGGACCUCAGUAAGCUGUAUAGUACCUCACCCAAAGCAAUGAAGAGGCUCAUCGUUGACUGCCUGAAGUUUAAACGUGAAGAGAGGCCCCUUUUUCCACAGAUUCUGGUAGCCAUUGAGCAGGUUCAAGACUUGAUGCCGAAAAUUGAGCGGAGUCGCUCUGAGCCGUCGCUCCAUCGGGCCGUCCAUGCCGAGGACCUGAACCCCCUCCUGUUCCACACCACCAGGCUCGUGCCCCUCUAAGCUCUCCGCAGCACCCAGCAGAGAGGCCGUCAUCGUCCAAGACCGCAGCAUUCCGAUGCUUCAGAGAGGCCACACCUGGCUGUUCUCCACCACUGCAGAGCUGUGGAGCUGCAGCUCUCAGCAGCAAAACUCAGUAAAAAAAAAAACAAAAAAAAAACUGUAGAAGUUAUCUUAGUCUGACAGUGAAUCAUCUUUUUAACAAAUGAUGCGCACACGCCCAUCAGGUGAAAGAAAGGCCUUCUUUUUGUAGACGUAUGUUAAAAUGUCUCAUCUGGCCAGCUGAGAAUGUCCAUCAACAUCUUGACUUGUUUUUGACUCUCAGACCUGCUUUGGGGUUUGCUCAGUUGUUCUAAAGAAACCGUAAAACUCACAUGGUUUGCACAUACAUUGCAAAAAGAGUCUAAUUCAGACCUUUGAGGAGCACUGUAAUCAUAGCCAAAAACUUAAAUCAGCCAUAGAUCUGGAGCUACUGGUUCAGGUCACAUGAACUGCUUACAUACAUCAUGCUCAGCAGUCAUGUGCCCCUUUCACUGUGAUGCAGCAUAAAUGGAUUGGAGACCUGAGAUGUAAAGUCUGUGAUUUGAAAACAAAUAGACCUGUCUUGGUAUGCUUUGUAAAGGACUGGACAUUUUCCCCCAGGGUGGACCUCAGUAUUUACUGCUUCUACACAUAUUUCCACACCACAAUGACAAUGUCUGUGAGGAGAAAGUGAAAUAAAACUCAUACUUUAAAAAUCCCAGAAAAGGAACUGGCAAUUUGAGAUGCUGAACUGUGCAAAGAAGUUUAGUAAAAAUACUAGUUGCCUCAUUGAAACUGUAAUGGUCUUUCCCUGUACAUAAAGCAUAUCAGUAAGGCCUGAAUGUGGAGAUUUUCUUCCACUAAUGGAAAACAAAACAUAAAUAUCUUUUUAGGGUAGAUGUUCCUCAAGUAGGACCUUUGAAAUCACUAAAUUCACCUGAGGAUCAAGUUUCCAUUGAUGCUGUGUUGAACUGGGGAAAAAGGGCCUGGCAGAAUUGGCUGCAUCUCCACAUUAAAACAUGUCUAGUAGUAUACUACUGUUUGAGGUUUGAAAGGUAUUUAAUUCCUCAAAUCCUGUGUUUA